AUGGCGCCCAAGAACUUUCACCACCCAUUCCAACCGUACGACAUCCAGCAACAAUUCAUGGAAGCAGUCUACAACUGCAUCGAGCAAGGCACCGUAGGCAUCUUCGAGUCGCCUACGGGAACUGGAAAGUCAUUAAGCUUAAUCUGCGGAUCCUUGACCUGGCUGCGGGAGCACAAGCGUCGACAGUUCGACGAGAGUCUGGCGGCGAUACAGCUGGAAGAUGAUGAGCCUGAAUGGAUGGUCGAGCAUGCGAAAGACGAACGGCGUAGAGAGAUCAGGCAGCUACGUGCUGACCUGGAAGCUCGAUUGGAAGCGGUGCGACAGAAAGAAAAGAAAGUCAGGCAAAGAAAUGCAAAUGGUGAGCCACCGGCGAAACGGCGGAAGCAUGUCCACGAGGAGAAGGUCGGCGAUGGCGAAGAUGAGGACCAGUACCUGCUGGACGACUACAACAGCGACGAAGAGGAUGUGAGGCAAGUCGGCGGCGGCGCUGGCUUUUCUUCAGAAACCACCAAGCUCAUGGAGAAGCUUGGCAUGUAUCAGUCUGUGGACAACAAAGGUCAGACAGAAGAAACGCCCGAUGAGCUCAAGGUGUUCUUCUGCUCGAGAACGCAUUCACAGCUGUCCCAGUUCGUUGGCGAACUGAAGCGAGUCAAGCUUCCACCUGGGCUUCCACCUGAAGAAGACGAUGCCGCCGCAUCUGAGGCCCUGAAGCAACUUACUUUAGGAUCUCGGAAGAACCUAUGCAUCAAUUCGAAGGUCUCGAAACUGUCGAGUCAGACAGCUAUCAAUGAGAGGUGCAUCGAGCUUCAGCAACCAAGUACACCCGCCGAGCACAAAUGCCCUUUCUUGCCAAAGAAAGAUGAUCAGGAAACCGUUCUGGACUUUCGAGAUCAUGCUCUGGCGAGCAUACGCGACAUUGAGGAUCUGGCUGCGGUCGGUACGAAGCUCCAAGUAUGCCCAUACUACGCUUCACGUACUGCGAUUGACCCUGCAGAGAUGGUGACAUUGCCAUAUCCGCUUCUUCUCCAGAGGACUGCAAGAGAGGCGCUGGGCGUAUCGCUCAAAGGGCACGUUGUGAUCAUCGACGAGGCGCACAAUCUGAUGGACGCUAUCGAAGGCAUCUACUCCGCGCAGGUCACACAGCUACAGCUCAGUAAGGCGAAGGAGAGCCUGAUGACGUAUCUGCAGAAAUUUAGGAAUCGCCUGAAAGGCUCCAACCGCAUGUACGUUACGCAGGUGGUGCGGGUCAUCGAUUCGUUGCUGCUGCCAAUCAUGCAUUCAACUUCUCAAGAGUCUACGCCAGUCCAGCCGGACGCAUUACUGUCGGGCAAGGGCGUCGAUCAAGUCAAUCUGGCAAAGCUGGUCCGCUAUAUCAACGACAGCAAACUAGCUAGAAAGGUCGAAUGCUACAUUACUCAUACUAGGGUCAACGAAAAGACUGAGAGCGGAAGGGAUGGGACAACCACAGCGGACGUCCCAACGUUGACGCACGUGCAGAACUUCCUGAUGUGCUUGACGAACCCGUCGAAAGAAGGUCGCUUCUUCAUGUCUAAAGAGCAGAACACGACAGCUAUUCGAUACCUACUCCUUGACCCGUCUGAGCACUUCCGCGAAGUGGUUGAAGAUGCAAGAGCUGUCAUUCUCGCGGGAGGGACGAUGUCGCCAAUGGAUGACUACAAGCAACAGCUGUUUCCAUACUUCGAUUCUAUCAGCACGCUGUCUUGCGGGCACUUGAUUCCGGCGAGCAAUCUACUUGUUCGGACAAUCGCAUCGGAUGCGGAUGGCCCGCUCGAGUUCAGCUUCAAGAGUAGGAGUAAUCCAGCGACGCCGAUGCGAGUGGGCCAAGCACUGCUCAACAUUGCGCCUUCUGUCAAAGCCGGGCUUGUGGUCUUCCUCCCGAGCUACAGCUACCUCGAGCAAUUGCUGAGCACGUGGCGAGAGAAGAGACUACUGGACAGUUUAAAGAAGCUCAAGCCUGUGUUCACAGACAGCCGCGGAGGUUCAGCAGAAAAUACCUUCCAGGCCUACAGUCAAGCCAUCAGCACGAAUCCGAACGGCGCAAUACUGCUUUCCGUCAUCGGCGGCAAGCUCUCCGAAGGCAUCAACUUCUCCGACGACCUCGGCCGCUGCGUGGUAGUCGUCGGCCUUCCUUUCCCGAACCUGGAGACACCAGAGUGGAAGGCGAAGAUGCAGUAUCUCGAGGAGAAGGCUGUUGCAAGAGGUCAAGCGAAAGGCAGCGCGAGCAGAGAGUACGCCGAGAAUGUUUGCAUGAGGAGCGUUAACCAGGCGAUCGGCAGGGUGAUCAGGCACAAGGAUGAUUGGGCGAGUAUUUUGUUGAUGGAUAGUCGGUAUGAGCAGGGGAGGAUCAGGAGUAAGCUGCCGGGUUGGAUUAAGGAGUGUAUGCCGGAGAGAUCGGCGUCGAGCGUGCGGGAGGUGGGUGAGCAUGUAGAGGGGUUCUUCCGAUUAAAAGAGACGGCAGCAGAAGAGAACGCAACAUCCUACUUCCCACUGCUCGACCGCAUAGCGGAGGGUUACUUUGACUCGAUCCCAACCGACCAAGCACUGUAUACGAGGUUCAGGAAACUGCUGAAGCAAGAUGGACAUCUGGUACAGGAGGAGGACCUAUCGUCGUUCGAUUUGGCGUUGUCAAUACAUUCGGCGGCACCACGGAUCGAGGCGCAUUACCAAUAUUACAAUACGUCAGUAAAGCCUACGUUUGGGUCGGACUCACAAGAAGGCUGCGAGACAUGGCUAUACGUACCAUUCAGUGGGCAAAGAUACUGCUCGCCUGAGCUAGAUGCUACCACGGCGCAGCCAUUGGGCAAAGCAGGGGAGCCUCUACAUCAGCUGCCGUUCGAUCGGAUACUGGGUGAUGCUGCGAGCGAGCAGCCUUCGAUUCUGUACGGCGAUAUCACCUCAGAGUCAUUCCGGAAGUUUCACAAGACAAUCAGUCAAACUGCAAAGGGCGGGAAGACUUCUUACCGCGUGCGCUACCAGCCUUCAACUUCGUCCGAGGUGCGGCCACUAACAGUAAGCGGAUAUGGCGUUGAGCUGGCUCUCAAGCGUACCGACUACAUCGUCAUCGACGACAGAACGGAAGGCGAGGAGGCCUCAGAAGGCACGAAGCAGGCUGGCGAAGCUAUACUGAGCGAGGAAGAGGUUUCAGAUCUUCGGCCAUUAUCGGCGUCAGAGCUCGUUCGUCUUGGUAUGAAGGCAGCUACCUUCGUCAUGAACAGCGAAGCACCUUUCGAUACUCUAGUGCGACUGUCCCAGGACUUCCCGAAACAUUCAGGCGCCAUUGCGGCUGUAAACGUGUCGAAGGACUUUAUUGAAGAGCACAUCAGUAACCGCGAACAAAUCCUUCCUUCUGGCUUCAACGUACUAUGGGUCAACGGCGUGCAGAUCGUGGCGCGCGACCUGGACGCUUACUCAUUGCUUGAGCACCUUCGGCGUGAGCGGAAGAUGAUCAACGGGGUGCGAGAGCUAGGGCUGAGCGGGGCAGAGGCUAUUGACCUCCUUUCGCACGAAGCCAUCACCGAGUCCCAGGUCGAGCAGAGUGUUCAGCGGCACGACUGGCGGGACGAAAGCGAAGGCGGAGAAGUCAUCAUGUGGCUGAACGACAUCGAAAAGGACAAGCGAUACGCGGAGUGGCCGAGUAGUGUCAGCGCCUUGCUACAACGGACGUAUCCAGGCCAACUCCCACCGGUUCGACGGGACAUCCACAAUCUUAUCAUCCCGAUCGACUUCUCGAGCUACGCGGAUGUCACGCUAGUUGUGGAGAACAUCCAGAUGUUCGUCAAGCGGACGCUUCCGAUACGGUUCGGCCUUGUACCUCUAAUCAAGUCUCCAGCUGGUGAGCAACAGGCAAAGGCGGUUUAUCAUCUACUUGACACAUACGGUCUGGCUGCAGCUCUCAGCUACUUGGAGAACUCUCUCGAAGCAGCAGGGAGGAAGUUUGGGGCACCGCAGUCUCAGCAAUUUGAAGACGCUGUGGAGGGCCGCAAAGUCCGGCAUGAUAGUCCGGUGAUGGGAAUACAACAGGUGUUGGAGGCUGACAGCCUUGAGACAAGAAUUGAGUCUGCUGCAGCCUACCUCAAGCGGCUUGGAGUCAACGAAGCAACGCCAACGAUCUUUAUCAAUGGUGUUCCGAUCCAAAGGAGCGACGACUGGCUUCAGCAGAUGAGUACACAGUUGACCAGAGACAACAGGGCACUGCAGCAAGCUGUGUACGAGACUUCAGUUGGCGAGGAGGAUUACUUACCGAACGUCUUCCUGGCGGCGGCCAACCUCAGAAGAGUGCCGCUGGUCGUGCCUGAAGACGACAAGGACAUUCGGCAUCUCGACCUAGGCGAUCUACCAGAGUUUGCGAAGCUUCCAAGUCUACCAGCCAACGCGGACACCAUUGAGCGAGAGCUCGUCCACAUGACUGUCAUCGCCGACUUGGACACUCUGGGAGGCCUCGAGCAGAUCAUGGAAGCCUGGCUGUUUCAGCGAGAGCACGACAAUGUCGAGUUGGCGUUCCUGCACAACCCAAGCGGACCGAUCGCUGAGCGGCGGUUCGCGUCUGUCUUUGGCGAGAAGGUCGACCAGGACUUCAUGUCCGAGGUCCUUGAUGGAUGCGAUAUGCUGGUCGCGGAAGAUAAGCUUGCCAGCGAACACCUCAAAGCUGGUGACGCUGCCACCUUCGACCAGCGAGAAGAGAUCUACCGCAAGCUGUACUUCGAAGGUUCCUCGUUCUCAAAUGCUGAGGUCGACCAAUUUGUCGUCAAGCACUGGGCCCCGUUCAGGAGUAUCGUCCAAGCCGGCGGCCUUCAGCAGGGCCAAGGAGCAGUCAUCUUCAACGGCCGUGUUGUUGGCCCGAUUGAAGACUCUACUAUUCUGGAAGUCGAUGGCCUUGAGGCUCUCUAUACCUACGAACGUAAGAAACGCCUAUUGCCAGCUUCGCUGGCCAUUCAAGCACUAGGCCUUGAGAGCAAAGCGUCUUCCCCCUUCUCUUUCGCCAAGAUCUCGAAUCUCAUCGCUCUGUCGCAAGUUUCAGAUGUGCCUGAAGGCAUAUUCGAAGCACCACCAACGGUACGCAGCAGUGUGUUCAAGAAGUGGAAGUCCGAUCAGACAGCGAUCAAAGUCGGAGACAAGGAGUCUGCCAGCAUUCAAAUCGUCGGAGCGAUCGAUCCGGCUUCGGAAGUCGCUCAAAGGUGGAUUCCAAUCAUCAAGACUUUGUCCGAGCUCAGCGGUGUUUACACCACGCUCUACCUAAACCCUCGUGAGCGGCUGGAAGAGAUUCCAAUCAAGCGCUUCUACCGACAUGUGCUUGGUUCCAAGCCAACAUUCGGCGAAGACGGCUCUCUGAAAGGCAUUAGCGCCCACUUCGCAGGUUUGCCAGCUGAAGCUCUGCUGAACAUGGGCAUGGACCUACCGCCUUCUUGGCUGGUCGCUCCUAAAGAGACUGUGCAUGAUCUGGACAACAUCAAGCUGAGUGCUGUCCGCAGCGGCUCUGACAUUGAAGCUACGUACGAGCUCGAGCAUAUCCUGAUUGAAGGCCACUCACGGGACAUCACUAUUGGGCCUCCGCCGCGUGGCGCUCAGCUAGUUUUGGGAACAGAGCUAGACCCGCAUUCUGCUGACACCAUUAUCAUGGCCAACCUUGGAUACUUUCAGUUCAAGGGCAACCCUGGUGUCUACAACUUGGCUCUGCAACAAGGACGCAGCGAAGAGAUCUUCCACAUCGACAGCGCUGGGACGCAGGGCUACAGCCCGCAGCCUGGUGACAAUGGCACCGAGAUCGCAUUAAUGAGCUUCCGCGGUGCCACACUCUUCCCACGGCUGUCGAGAAAGCCCGGCAUGGAGGAAGAAGACGUGCUCGAGCCAUCAAAGUCGGCGCUUGAGAGUAUGGCAGAUGGCGCGGAUAAGUUGCUCGCUCAAGCUGGACUUAAGGGGUCGCAAGCGAGCAAGUACCUCUCCAAGGCGUCCAAGCUGGGCUCAAGUUUCUUCCACGGUGCCGUCAAGAGUACUGACAUUAGUACAGAGGUUCAAGCAGACAUCAACAUCUUUUCCGUCGCCUCAGGCCAUCUCUACGAGCGAAUGCUCAACAUCAUGAUGGUGUCCGUCAUGAAACACACCAAGCACACCGUCAAGUUCUGGUUCAUCGAGCAAUUCCUCUCACCCUCCUUCAAAGACUUCCUUCCCAUUAUGGCUGAAGAAUACGGCUUCCGUUACGAAAUGGUCGCCUACAAAUGGCCGCACUGGCUGCGCGCACAAAAGGAAAAGCAACGCGAGAUCUGGGGCUACAAGAUCCUCUUCCUCGACGUCCUCUUCCCCCUCGACCUCGACAAAGUCAUCUUCGUCGACGCCGACCAGAUCGUGCGCACGGACAUGUACGAGCUGGUGCAACACGAUCUCAAAGGCGCGCCGUACGGCUUCACGCCCAUGUGUGACUCGCGCACGGAGAUGGAGGGUUUCAGGUUCUGGAAGCAGGGGUACUGGAAGAACUUCUUGCGGGGUCUGCCGUACCACAUUAGCGCCUUGUACGUUGUGGACUUGAAGAAGUUCCGGCAGAUUGCUGCUGGUGAUCGAUUACGAGGGCAGUAUCAGCAGUUGUCCGCGGACCCGGCAAGUUUGAGCAAUUUGGAUCAGGACCUGCCGAAUCACAUGCAGAUGGUGUUGCCGAUCCACUCACUGCCACAGGAGUGGCUGUGGUGUGAGACGUGGUGUUCGGACGAGGCGUUGCGGGAUGCGAAGACGAUUGAUCUGUGCAAUAACCCGCAGACAAAGGAGCCGAAGCUCGAUCGUGCGCGGAGGCAGGUGCCAGAGUGGACAGUGUACGAUGAUGAGAUUGCGGCGGUUGCGAAGAGGCGGAAGGUUGGCGAGCUGGCUGAUGGCAAGCCUGUGGCUGGCCAGGCGGCGGACGCUGGCGUGCAGGGCGAGGAGGAGAGUAUACAAGAGCGGCUUCAGCGGGAGGACGCCGAGCGGGAGUGGAAGAAGAAAGAGCAUAUCAUUGAUGAGCUGUAG